CAUCUUUUCAUAAACUCACAAACCCCCCUCUGUGAAAAUGUAUGGUGGCUCUCAAAAAAAGCAAGCAAGCAGACCAAUGGACAGAACAAUGUCACGACUGACACAGAUAGUAAAGAGUGCUCUGUCAGCGUAGUUAUUGGCCGUUACAGUGUAACUUUUUGAUGGAGUUACUUUCCACUGUGAGCCAAGCAAGACAUGGUUGUUUAAAAUAAUUCGAUUCAUUUCAGAAGUCAAUAGCUCUCAGAAUCAAUGUAAUUUCAGGUAUAGAUCACUAAAUUGUGUGGUUGUAACUUGCAAGUCUUGGAUAGUUUGUUUAUUUUACAUGUCUUAAAAUACAAGCAUGCCAAAGCUACAUAAAAUGUACAGAUAUGGAAAUUGGAUCAUUAUGAUCCUUCAACUGUGCUGCAUUUCAGUCAUUUGACCAGCAGAUGGCGAAAAAGGAGUAAAAGUUGUCUAAUUUAUUGAUGAAAACAAUCUUUCCUGGUAGAUCUGCACGUUUCUGUGCAGCUCUACACUUAUGUAUCUCAGGCUAGGUGCAUCCAUGCUCCACUUCCAUAUUAUUUUAAGGGAAAAGUCAUUAGGAGUAGUUUUGAAAACGUUAAAAACAUGUUAAAAUAUUUUUUAAAAGAUUAGAAUUGUUCUAAAAGUUUAACACAAGAACAUGCUAUUCCUAAUGUAACAAGUAAAUGCGAAGAAAACGUUUUCUUAUUAAAGUCAUUAACAUAAUACAGUUUGUUUGUACAGUACUGAUGGUGACAUUCAGAGGAGGGUCAUUUUCUCUUGUCUAUGUCAUUGGGCAACAUGGACAUAUGUUCAUGCACUGCCCCACGCGCAUGAUGACAAUCCAGACCACAACAAACUGCCGGUAAGGAUGCGAUCUCUCGUCCUUUGCAUCUCAUUUGCACUCCAGUGCUUCGUUCUGCAAAGCGCAUCAGAGUAUUCUUCAAAAUCCGAGCUGGAAUACGAAUUCGGAGACUAUCGUGGCAAGUUCUGUAUCGACGAUCAAGGUUUUGUCUAUAGCAUCGGAGAGGUUUAUUAUCCGAGCUCCACAGCGUGUCCCUGCACCUGCACAGAGGAUGGACCCGUGUGUAUCAGACCCAAAUGCCCGCGUAUACACCCGAGAUGCACGCGCAUCACAUACAAGUCCUGCUGUCCCGUGUGUGAAGCGGUCAGUAAAGUUUGUGUGUACGGGGGCAAAACGUACAGAAUGCUGGAGGAAUUUAGGUUGUCACCCUGUGAGCGUUGCCGGUGUGAAGUCAACCGAGAAGUUUACUGCACCAUAUCCGGCUGCCCUGCAUUGCAUUGUGUGAAUCCUGUAUACGAACCCAACCAUUGCUGUCCUGUGUGCAAAAGUGGGCCCAACUGCUUUGCUGGCAAUCGCGUGAUCUCAGCUGGAGAACGUGUUGAGAUUGAUGAGCGGACGGUGUGUUUCUGCACCUACCAGGAUGGAACGUGGCAGACGCACCCUCAUGCUACCUGUGAGGAAAACCAACGAGCAGACAAUGAAGCCACUGACUCCGACAACACAUCCAAACAGAUGGAGGAGCAGGAGAAAGAGAAGGAGAAGAGAGAGAGAGUGUUCUCGCCCAGGCUGGAUGCCAUCCCAUGAAGGGAAGUAUGCCUGGCACCAGCUCUCCUGACAGGCAGGAGGGGAUGCAGAGCACCAUGCAGGUGUCUGUUCCCAGGGUAAACACAACCUGCGCUGGGAUAACUGCCAAUGCUAACCUCUUUAGCCAACCUCACCAGCCCCUCCCUUCCUGACCCAGAUCGGAAACCCACUGAGAAGCAACAUGCACUACUGAAAUCUUCCACUAUUAUACAUGGUAUACAUGGUCAGAAAUUAGGGGGCAGUAAGAUAUAAAAUAAAUACUUCUAUGCAGUAAGGUCGCAUUAAAUUGACCAAAAGUGACAUAAAAGACGUACUAUGUAAUAAAAAAUAAAAAAAAUCAAAUAAAAAAAAAUCAAAUAGGCUAAACGUAUCAGGAUUUAUUGAGCACCAAAUCAGCAAAGAACAAUUUCCAAAGUGACACUGAAGACUGGAGUAAUGGCUGCUGAAAAUUCAGCUUUGUGUCACAGGAAUAAACUACUUUUUAAAAUAUGUUAAAAUAUAAAGCUAACUAUUUUAAACUCACAUUAUUACUGCUUUGUGAUCAAAUGAAUUCAGCCUAAAAAAAUCUUACUGACCCCAAACUUUUGAAUGGUAUUGUAAAUAUGUGUAUAUUUCUGUAUUACAUGUUGUUUACUUCUUACUAAGAUGCAGUUAUACUGCAUAUUUAAAUAUGAAACAUUGUAUUUAAACAAAAUGAUUUCCCAUUUUUCCAUCUCAUUCUUGUAGCAUGUUGUUAAUGGGCACAUUGCAUUUUUUGCAAGUAUUGAAUAUUGUUUGAUGUUUAAAUUAUUUAUUCCAUGUCCAAUAUUAUGUGUUAAUUAACAAGUUCAGUGUUAAUUCCAACAAAUAAAUGUACACACUGUCAUAUUGUAUUAGACAUCAACAGUAAAAUGUUGUUCCCCAUAAUGAUGAUUACAUAUUUGAUUGUUUAGAUGGGAAGUGGAGCAUGCAAUAAGAAACACUCAUUUUCAAAGGGCUGGUCAAAUGGAAACAUAUAACUGUAUAGUAUUAAAAUCAUCUCAGGUUU